ACUGAGCUUUGGCAAGAUUCUCAUGUUCUUAUGCUUAUAAUUAUGUUCAUCUUUUCUGUUUUUUUUUCUGAGUGUUCUGGUCGCCAUUUUCAUCCUCCAAUGCGAUCCGAUCCGAUGCGUGUUGUGUGCUAACCGUUAAUGGACACCUAAAUAACCAGGUAAACCUUUCUCCAACAAAUGUGCUCUGAACAAGGAGAAUCAUGCACACGUUAAUUCCUGCACUGCCCUUCUGUUAUACCUUAUACUGUGCCCUAGAGCCUCGACUAUGCCUUCCUCUUCCUCCGUCCCCUGCCAGCGAGGCUUAUGUGUGUUAACUAUGAUGUCAGCCAACCAGAGACGAGUAUCAAGACUCCACCCGAAAUUGACGUUUUCUCUGUCCCCCUUUUUUUAUUUCUUUUGUUGCAGCAGCACCUAGAGGGCUUUUUGUUGCCUUUUAUUGUUUUUUGCCUUUGAGCUGCCUCCCUUGCCAUCCAUCCACCCAUCCAUCUAUUCAUCCAGCCAGCCAGCUUUACUCUCGGACUCAGAUGCACCGUUCAGUUCCGUUACCAGCUUUUCCCCCAUAAAUAUCACCAGGAAACAGGCGUAAUAAACCAUUUCAACAAUAACUACAAAUAAAUCUCGUUAUUGUGGCCCAGGAAACUCUUUUUGGGAUGGAAAUUGGGAAAUAUGAGAAACUAAGUACGACAACCUGGCAACGUUGCACUCAGAUGUUCCCUCCACCACACAAGGCCUCUCAGGGACACCUACAGCACAGAGGGGUGGGUGGAUCAUGAUUUGCCAUUCCGAGGGCGAGGUUGUGAUUUCCUGUAACCAUACUAAUACUUUUCUGUGUGUGAGCAUUGUGCGAUGAGGAUUCCACGCGCUCCUCCGCUGCCUUCCUCCGUCAUUCCGUCUGAGAAUCCCCCGCGCGCUGCCGGAAAUCCUCCACUCAGGUAUAAGAGGCUCAGAGGGCGUCGGGUACUCACAGUUGCUUCUGAGGGACAGGCAGAACCAGCAGGAGCAGUAGUAACGGGAACGGACCAUCUCCUUGAACGAAUAGGAGUUACAGCACAGCGUUGGUCUGGCCACGAUCUUCCAAGUUUUGAGAGGAACGCGACGAGACAGCAGCAUUAGCAGUUGUAGCGGCAGCAGUAGGAGAGAAUCAGCUGGACCAAGAACAGUUACCGCAAAAGGAGAGGGCCAGGCUGCUGCACGCCAUUAAACGUCUAUUCAUCAACCUCCGUUAGCGUCUAUCAUGAUCUUAUAAGCCUCAGAGUGGGACGCCGCAAGACCUAACAGAAGCAGCAGCAGCAGUGGAGGAUCAAAGUACUCGAAGGGAAGUUAGCAGCAACCCGCCCACUGAAAGCAAUUCGAAGUUUGUCACGACCUUCCCCGUUCUCGCUCCCCGCACACUACUGUCGCCGCUGUCAGCCACAAUGGGCGUCGUCCCCGCAGUGCUCUGGUGGACGGUCCUCGUGUUGGUUGCAAGAUCAGCUGCCGGGGAGAGGGACAACUUCACAGAUAUCAUCAUCGGCGAGCAGAAACUUGCUGAAAAUGACAUCCUCGGAGCCUCCAUCACCGAGGAGGAGUUCAAGGCCAGCCUGGCACUGGAAAUCACGGAGCCUGACGAGGAUCCCAUCGCGAAGUCUGGCUACUUUCAGGGGGACAUCAUGAUUGAGUCCAAAGAUCACCUGAUGCAGAUCCUUGAGGGUGACCCCAAAGGACAGCACAGCGCCAUCAGUAACAAGCAGCUGGUGUGGCCCGGAGGCGUGAUUCCCUACGUCAUAUCCUCCUCCUACUCAUCCAGCGAGAGGCAGGUCAUUGCGCGGGCCAUGACGGAGCUCUCCUCUAAGACCUGCCUCACCUUCGUACCCAGAUCCUCUCAUCUCGCCUACGUGCACAUCCUCAGAGGACAAGGAUGCUCUAGCGCCGUGGGGAGGAGCGGCGGCGUGCAGACCUUGUCCCUGGGGUCUAACUGUGUGUACGUGGGGAUUGUGAUGCACGAACUCAUGCACGCCGCUGGGUUCUGGCACGAGCAGUCCCGCUACGACCGUGACUCCUACGUGACCAUCAACUGGCAGAACAUCAUGUACGGGCUCGCCUACAACUUCGAUAAGAAAUCCAACGGCCUCACCACUGACCUCGGCCUCCCCUACGACUACGCCUCCAUCAUGCACUACGGCCCCAACGCCUUCUCGAGGGGAACAGGGCCGACCAUUGUGCCCAGGCAGAGCGGGGUGUACAUAGGCCAACGCAAGCAGCUGUCUGACAUGGACGUGAAGGGCUUGAACUUGCUGUACCAGUGCUCAGGUACAACAGGCCCCCAGCCCAGCACGCCAGCACCGCCCUCCUCGUGCAAGGACACCAGCCAAUAUUGCGCCGUCUGGUCCGCUGCCGGUUACUGCCUCUCCACGCCCGUCUACAUGAAGACCUACUGCCCGAAGUCGUGUAAUGUCUGCGGUGGUGUGUCAGGGUGCCGGGACGAGGGGCAGCACUGUCUCAGUUGGGCGGCCCAAGGCGAGUGUCAGAGGAACCCUCAAUUCAUGCAGGAAAAGUGCCGACGCUCCUGUAACGCGUGUGCAUCCCCCAGCUCCUGCCGCGACGUCGGGCAGCACUGCAGCAGCUGGGCCGGCCAGGGCGAGUGUGCGCGGAACCCUGGCUACAUGAGCGUGAUGUGCCGCAAGUCCUGUGGGAUGUGCUGACACGCCGGCAACUCUGAGGGCACGGAAGGGCCAUGAGCUACGCCGCGGCCCUGUUAUCAUCCUCAGCAUUAAGGUGAACCCUCAGUUUAACGAACUGGUAAAGGAAACACCAAGGCGUCAUAUCCGAGAGUUCGUUAUAUCCAAGGGUACUCUUAGGAAUAAGGCGUUGUAGCAGUAAGAAGCAAGGUAGUGUUUGCAGUAGUUGAUGCUGUUUUGUCAAGUUGUGUUAAUCGUUGUAACUGUUUUUAAAAAAAAGGUGUUUUAUCAAAGAAUAACAGGGAAUGGUUAAAUAUGUUUCUUGUUAAACAGUUGUCAGUUAAGCAGAGGGUCACUGUGACCAUUUAUAUGUAUUCUGUUAAUAUACUGUUUUGUACCUAUGCUAUCAUUAAGGAGCCAAGCAGCAGAAUAAAGAAUAAACGAAAAGUGCUGCCUUACUGCUCCUUCCACUCUAUCCUUGCCGCUGCGUCGCGCCGCAGCCUCCCACACAGCGGCGGCCCGGGCAGGUGUUGCCCCGCUGAGCCCCGCCAUGCGUCAUGUGUCCCCCGGCCCCGUGUUGGCCGCCCACCGUGACUUAGUCUCUGUCACGCGCCGCGCAGCGCAGACCCGUCACUGUUGCGUCACUGGCUGCGCCCUGCCAUGGCCUGCAAGCCUUCAUCGCUCGGCCGCGCACGCCUCACUCUCCUGUCCUCGCCGAGCCUCCACCCUUCACCCUCUUUUUCAGUCCUAAUAUUCUUCACCUUGGAUUAGAUAAAGAA